AAGAAUUAACCUGAAUGAAGAUAAGAAGAUAAAAAGAUAACACCUCGAUCGUUCGUCACGUAUCAUACGUAUCGUUCAAUACAGAAAGAAGAACAAAAAGAAAAAAGAAAAAAGAAAAAAGAAGAAAUAAGAAGAAAAUUCUAGUUUCUCUAUAUGGAAAGAUUUUACUUUCGCGGUUAAUGCACAUUACCUUUCCCUUUUUCAUCUUCGACGAGAACGAGAGUUCUACUACGUCAAACGAUCGUACGUGCGCGCGCGCGCGCGCACACGACUCGUUCUUUCUGUUUACGAAACAAACUUGUGAAGACACGAUGUGACGUAUGUAAAAGAGAGAGAGAAAGAGAGAAAGAGAGAAAGAGAGAGAAAAAGAGGGAGAGUUACUUACUUCAGUUCAUUGAGUGACGCGCGCGCGUCCACACGUAAACAUUUACGUAUGUGUUAGUAAAUACGUAAAACACAUACAUAUAUACACGUACGUACGUAUGGUUUGGACAACGACCACACCUAUAAGAUUCAAGAGAUAGAAAGAUAGACAGACGCUUUCGUUUGUACGCGUGCAGAAAGAUGGCCGCGUCGUUUAACCGUCAUCAUUCAUCGGCUACAUAUAACAUUAUUAUAUUCAUCGUUUAUAUUUGUUUCUAUCUUAAUACGUGUCCUAUAAUUCUCAGCGAAGAAAGAAUUUCUCAAGGUAGCAGAUAUUAUAAUCGUGAUGGCGUUUAUGUGCCACCGAAUCCAGCCGGCUAUCAGACCUAUGUCUACAAAGAUAGGAGAUAUGGAUAUCAACCUAGCUACCUUGAUCCUAUUUACAGGGGUCCAACUAGGGCUCCAGAGGAUCGUUACCUUUAUGGGGACAUGACACCUAGUGUACCGUUACCUGGAAUACUCGGUGGAUGGCGACAGGAUCUUCAAGGAAAAGAGAGACAGGAUUCUUCAAAUUUAAAAACUGAUGUUUUUGUUACAACCAGAUAUGGACAAGUUCAAGGAUUUGAAGUUAAUUUAUAUGACGAUCCGAAUGCACAGCAUAGACCUUGGAAUGUACAAGUUGAAAGAAUUACAAAAAAUGUUAAUGUAUUUCUGGGAAUACCUUAUGCUAUGCCACCUACGAAGGAUGGUCGUUUCAAGCCACCAAAGCCGCAUAGAGGAUGGCAACUCUUACAGGCCGUUGAUUGGGGUCCAGCGUGUCCACAACCCAGCUCAUAUACUGGGGCUACAAAAGGAGUACGCGACGUAGAUGAAGAUUGUUUGUAUUUAAAUAUCUUUUCGCCCAAUAUUGAUUCAGGAUUAGCACAGCCAUAUUCAGUGAUGCUUUAUAUACAUGGAGGUGAAUUUACUCAUGGCGCAAGUAAUUUAUUUCCGGCACAUAUAUUGGCAGCAUUUUAUGACGUAGUAGUUGUAUCUAUAAAUUAUAGAUUGGGAGCGCUUGGAUUUUUAAGUACAGGGGAUGAAAAUAGUCCAGGAAAUUAUGGUAUUUUAGAUCAAGCAAUGGCAUUACGAUGGGUUUAUGAUAAUAUUGGUGAUUUUAAUGGUAAUCCUGAUGCUAUAACAUUGUUUGGACCUGGAGCUGGUGGAGCAAGCGCAGGCUUAUUAAUGGUAGCACCAAGAACACGACAAAUGGUUUCAAAAGUUAUUGCACAAUCGGGCUCGGCAUUAGCCGAUUGGGCAGUAAUAAUGGAUAAAUAUAGAGCACAAAAUACAUCAAGAGUUUAUGCAGAAAUGCUUGGUUGUAGUAUAGAGAGCAGUUGGAAAUUAGUGCAAUGCUUGAAAGAUGGUCGUAAUUUUUUUGAAUUGGGAAACUCUGAAUUUAAACCACACGUAGGAAUGUUCCCAUGGGCUCCCGUAUUAGACGUUAAUUUUACAGUACCACGUGAUAAUUUAUACGAGGAUUGGGCAGCUUCUGAUUGGCGUUUCUUUGCAGAAACUCCUGAAGAAAGUAUUAAAACUGGAAAAUAUAAACGAGAUUUGGCAUAUAUGGGAGGUGUUACCACUCAAGAGGCAGCAUUUAUUUUAUAUAACAAUGAAACCUUGGCUAGGAAUGAUUAUAUAAUAGAUAAAGAAUUAUUCGAUCAAAAAAUUUGGGAAUUAGUUUUACGUUAUAAUUAUACACUUAAUCCACAAGGUGUUUACGAAGCUAUAAAAUACAUGUACACAUAUUGGCCAGAUCCAAUGAAUGUUACACACAUUCGUGAUCAAUAUAUAAAUAUGUUAACUGAUUUUCAUUAUGUUGCACCAUAUGAUAAAAUAGCAAAAUUAUUAGUAGAGAAACAUGUGCCUACUUAUUUGUACGUUUUAAAUACGACUACAGAAGCCUUUAGACUGCCACAUUGGAGACGAGUACCUCAUGAUACCGAAUUACUUUGGUUGACUGGUGCACCUUUUAUGGAUGUUGAAUUUUUCCCUGAAAAAUGGAAAUUAAGAAGAGAUAUGUGGACGGAAAAUGAUCGUAAUAUGAGUCGUUUCUUUAUGAAGGCAUAUUCUAAUUUUGCAAAAUAUGGACAUCCAAGUCCUUCACAGAUUUUGGGAUUACAUUUUGAUGUUGCUAAAUAUGGUCAAUUGCAAUAUUUAAAUAUUAACACAACAUUCAACAGUUCAAUUAUGAUAAAUUAUCGUCAAACCGAAAGUGCAUUUUGGUCGAUGUAUUUACCAACGGUUAUUGGUAGACUAGUCCCAACAUAUCCACCUGUUACCGAGUACUGGUGGGAGCCUAAACAACCUUUACAAAUUGCAUUCUGGUCAAUGUCAACUGCCUGUUUAUUAUUGAUGGUAGUUUCGGUAGUUUGCUGUAUGCUUUGGCGUAAUGCCAAAAGACAAUCUGAUCACUACUAUAGCGGAGACAUCUUGAUGAUACGAGAGGAUGAACAUUCGUCGGAAGGAAUCGAAAAUUUGAAUCGUGCUUCUAAAGAAAAUAUAUACGAGUAUCGUGAUUUACCACCAAGAACUAGAGUACCACGACAGAAUGAAGCGAGAUUACAAGAACGUUUAGCGCAGAAUAGAAAAUUUAGUUCAACGCCAUCGUUAAGAAGUAAUUCAAAUGUAUCUUUAAAAGAUAUGAGAUCAGAAGGUUUUGUUACGAGCUCUCCAAAUGGUAAACCUAGGCUCAAUAAAGCCGCCAGUCAAUCUACACUGCCCAAGAUUAAAAGUAAAACACAAUUAGUACAAGGUGUACCACAAACAGCUGUUUAAGCAGAAAUAUUUUCUGAAAAUAUAAUAACAAAUGAUGUGCCAUAAAAGAACCUUUGAGAAGCAGCUAUUGAGAACUGAUAUAAUAAUAAUGGCGGCUAUAUAUAAUAAUAGCUAAAAAUACAACAAUUUUUAUAAAGGUUCUAACAUCAAUUUAUGGUACUUAAUAAAAAUGAUUAAAUGUUAUCGAAUACAAGACAUUCCUAGAGAAUCAAAAGAUUAAUUUUAAUCGCAUUAUUACCAUUAUAUAAUAAGGAUAAUAUUUUAUACAACCUUUUGCAGAAAAAUAUCUUUAUUUUUACUGCAAUUUAUCCGUCCAUUAUAUCUUAGAAAUAUAUAGAAAAAAAAUAUAUGUAUAUUCUGGU